AUGCGCAAACAACAAGUUCUCUACAGUUACGGAUCAAAUGAAUAUUCCCUCGUUGGACAUAAGGAUCGGUUAUUUGAGGAGUGUUUUGUAUUGGGAGAUGCAACACAUAUUAAGAGAAUGGCUUGCGGAAGAUCACACAUUCUCUUUGAGACCUUUAAUGGAGAAGUAUUGUCUAUUGGAAGAAAUGAUUAUUCUCAAUGUGCUAUAAGAAAGGCUUCCGGAGGAGAAUUAAUUAGUAAACCAAUGAAUUGUCUUUACAAAGAUGUUGGAUGUGAUGCCAAACCUCUCAUCAAGCCUUUUAAAUUUACAACUGGAUGGUUUCAUUCAACAUUUAUCUCAAACGAUCAGAAGAGAAUUUACUUUACUGGAUAUUAUUCUGCCUAUUCAUCAAUGGGACAGACAAAGGAUACUUGUUUUUAUGAUAUUACUGAUACAGUAUUGGAAAAGGAUAUGCUUGCUGAUGAUAGUUACAAAAUUACUGAUAUUGGCAGUGGAGAUCACUUUUUUGCAUUUGUUGUAAAUAACGAGUUUAUUGUAGUUGUGGAUCAAACAAGAAAAGUUUUUCACAUUCCAGAUUUGAAGGAAUUCUUGGUGUUCAAGUCAGGAGUUGCCUUCACAAGAGGAAAUGGAAAUUUAUACUUGGCCAAGAAUUAUCCAGACAGUGUAAGCGAGUAUGAUGGAAAAUUUGUGAAAAAUCUUCGUUCUACAUCUGUUGCCGAUUCAUUCUCAUUCGUAUUAAAUGGACAAAAUCUAAGAUUUGGUCACAGUAAUCAACAUGGAUCAAUUGAGAUUUACGAGUCGUUCUGUACUGCCUAUCUAUAUGAUUCAAAGGAACGUAAAUUCCCAGAUGAAAGAUUUAAGAAAAUCAAUGACGAAUUAGAAAAGCACAAAGAUUGGGAAAUUCUCCAAUUCAUUACAGGUUCUGACAGUGUUCAUAUAUUGUUGGGAAUUAGAGAAACUAAGGAAGAGCAACGAUUCUUUGAGAAAUUGAGCAAUAUUAGACAAGGCACUCAUUACACUGAUAUGCUUGUCAGCUACACUUUCAAUUACACUCCGUUCGAACAGUCAAAUGUAUUGACAGCCAUCAAUCACAGAAAUAAUCAUAAUUCAGAAAUUUACUAUACCAAUAACGUGCAAGAAACCACACAAUCAUCAAGCAAAUGUGAAAUUUUCGAUUUGAUGGAUCAAGCAGUUGCAGUUCCGUCCGAUAGUGCUGCCAAUGUGACUAACUAUUACUCAACCAAGUCAUGUAAUUUCGUCAAGUUAUUCGCAAGUGCAGGAGACUAUAUUCAAUUGCAAGGAAUUGAUUUAUUUUACGGACCUAAAGGAGUUUCUCUCUGUGGCAUUAGUGAUCCAAGUUUAAUUUCCACAAUCUAUCCAAGUUUUUCGUGUAUGGAUUUUUUAAAUGACACCUUCACAAAGGAAGAAGGAAUUUUGGAAGAUCUCUCUGCAAUUUCAUCUCUAUUGGAAGCAAGAUUUAAUAAUUCUAGUCCUGAUCUGAUUCAAUGGCCAUUCAAGGCCAUGUCCAAAGCAUUGGAACUUCAAUUUGUGAACAAGACAUCAACCACCAAAAUUUCAGAAUUAUUGGAUUUAUACAAUUAUUGUAAUUUCUGUUCUCAUCCUAAUUUUGCUUCGUUCCAUGCAAAGAAGGCAGUUACACCAGCCCUUCAAAUGCCAAUGUUACAAAAAGCAUUCACAAAUUCACACUGUGGCUCUGGUAUUCCAACAUUGAAUGCCAUUGUAACCAAUGAAUAUGAUGGCUACUUUGUCACCAAUGUUGUCAUUCAAUGUACUUGUAGAGGUGGAGUGGUAACAAAUGAGUGUGGAAUUUUCUCUGAAUUUUUAUAUCCAAUGUUUUCUGGACCAGGUCUUCAUUCAAUUUCAUUGAUUUUCUAUACUUCCAUUGGUGUUGUUUCCUUCUUUGUCAAUUUCAUUCCAAUUUUAAUGUUGUGUGUUAGAAGAUUCCAAAAAUCAUCACAUGGUAUCAGAUCAUUCUUUUAUCACUUUUUGGAUUUGAGAUUGCAAGCUGCUGUUUUGUUCUUGUGUUCUGUGAUUACUGCCAUUACUUCAAGUUGUCUUGGUUUGGCAGAAAAUUCAUAUGUUGUCUUGUUGAUGACUAUUGCUGCCUGUUUACAAUUUAUUUCAACUGUUCCAAUUUUGUUCUGUUGGAUUGAUGUCAUUUAUAGAACUGAAAUGAAUAUGAAAGAAGCUUCAUCCCUUGUUGUUUCACUUUCAUUUGGUUUAUCUUCAGCUUUGGUGUUUGCAUUGGCAUUGUAUAUUGUUGGUUAUUCAAUCCUUUCAACAGUUAGUGGAUACAGAGUCUUGUUCAUCAUUGUUCAAGUUUUCUUGAUUGUUGUCAUUAUGGCUGCUGUCAUGAUUGCCAUUAUUUUGACAAUUACAGCUGCCAGAUUAUUGUUCAUUAUUUCCAAAACAAAGAAGAUUCAAAUUUUCAGUUUCAGAUUUACCAGAUUCUUGUUAUAUGCAACAAUUUGUGGUUCUCCAUUCCUUUUGCAAGCAGCUUAUUAUAUUGUAAUCAUUAUCGAUACUAAGAUGAUUUGCAGAUUCUAUCUCAUGUUUUCAUACUAUUUGGCAUCCCUAUGUGUCACUUUCAUUUCAUUUGGUUACAUGUACAUUCUCUUUAACUCUGAUGAUGUCAUGAAAUGUUAUCCAUUCUUGGAGAAACUUUCAAAGAAGAAGUAA